AUGCAGUCCAUUCAUUGUAUGUCAUCGCUAGAAACUCUGACACUUUACGAGCGCAUUCUGGGGCAUGUGGAAUCCCGAGUGCUUCAUCGCACAUCAAGUUUAGUAUUAAGAGAGGAAUAUGCUGCGGUUGCAGCUUCCGUGAAUGAUAUUGCUACAACAUUUGCCAAAGUCGAGGAAGUCCGCGAUGCCGUGCAACAACUAGAGCAGAUAAAACCAUGCGCAGGACGCAGUGAGACCCUUUUAGAAGUUCUGGAUAGUUUGAUUGAAAUGGAGCGGGAGAUCCAGGACAAAAUGGAGAAAAUAGCGAGAGGAAUUGAUGUUAUCAAGAAAAAAGGAAAGAGAAAAACGAAGGACGAGAAAGAGACGACAAUAUGCAGCGAUGAUAAUUUCAAAGAAAAAGUUGAGCAGAAUCAAGUGAAGAAACAAAAGAGCAAAGCUCUUGUUGCGACUAAUAAGAUGAAAAGUGCAAAUUUAUCUUUUGCCCAAGAGAUUUUGGCGAUUUUCUCGAAAGUUAAGGUAGUUGACAAGGAAUUCCAGGCUGACACUAAGUCAUUGUGGGUGAAGAACUUAAAUAAUCUGCAGUUACUCCUUCAGUACCAGGCGAGUCACGAUGGGCAUACGAGUGAUAAUAUGGUUGUUGAAGUCACUGUUCGUGCACUUGAGAGAGUUGUGAUAUUGUUUCAAGAACUUGCAUGGACCCCGGAGCGUGCACUGGAAGUGCGAUCGUUGAUCGCUUCAUUGUCAGAUACUUGCUCUAGGAAUAGAGUCUUGAACACUUUCUUUCAUCAAGUGCGAUCUCGAUUGGAAACCCUCCGCACGAAUAUCCUUAUCCAUACUGAAAAGUGUGCUGGCGAUAACAAAACCAUCAAACCAUCAAAAGACCUACUUCAAAUCUUUCAAGGCCUUGUGAUGAAGAUUCAAAAGCUGCCAAAAACGGAAAAUAUGAAACACAUAUUCGAAGCACUUCGACUGCUGCGGCAGUUGAUGGCAAAUGAUGUCACAUGUUCACAACACAUUCACGUUAAGCGUUCUGCUGAAAUAGUCAAGCGUUGGAUUCUAGAAUGUCCAUUUCAGAAUAAAUCAGGUGACGAAUAUGAAGCUUUUGCACACAAUCUAGCUGAAUAUAGCAAAAACAUUCACGGACAUGUCAAUCAGGUUGAAUUACAAAGACUCGCUACGAAUCUGCUUCACUUAGUUGUAGAGAAAAGAAAGGAGCCGUUAGACAAUUCUCAACUGUCGAAAAACGCGUCAGAUGGACCAAGUAAAGUGCAAAGUCGACUGCAAGAUAUUCUGGUUCAAGUAGAGCAGUGGCAAAAUGGCGUUUUUUCGCUUAAUCAACUUGAGAAGGCGAUUCGGAACCUCGAAGAAGUAUUAUCCUACCGUUCUAAGCAGUGGAACCCACUUGCGGACUUUGACGCCCGAUUGAUGAGCAUCAGUGACAGUGCUGUCAAGUCGCUUGAAUGGUGCAGUGACGAGCAUAUGAAGUUGACUUGUCAUGAAGUGCAAUGA